AGGAAGGGGGAACAGAGGAAGACAUGGGGUCCAAAGAGAAGAAGAGCAAGGACGGGGGGAAGAAGAAGAAGAAGUCGUCGGAGGAGGCCGAGGAAGACGACCUGGUCCAGGAGGAAGAAGCAGAGGAAGAGGAGGACAAGAAGAAGAAGAAAAAGGACAAGAAGAAGAAGAAGGGCUCGGAGAGUGACGAGGAGAAGAAAGGAAAGAAAGGCAAGAAGUCCAAGGCCAAGCAGGUGGAUUACGCUGAGAUCUACCAGGAGGAGCUUCUGAAUUUUCACACAGAGGAUUCAGAGGGGUAUGAGGAUGAAUACUUCAAGAAGAAAGUAUAUGAGGUAGUGACAGUAACAGGUGACGUGAAAGGAGCGGGGACCGACGCCAAUGUUUUCGUCACCUUAUACGGACAAUUUGGAGUCACCCCGAAAGUUCACCUGGCCAGCAAGAGCAGAACAGCUUUCGAAAAGAACAAAACUGACGUUUUCCGAAUUAAAACUCACAACGUCGGGCCAAUAAAGAAACUCAGGAUUGAACACGACAACACAGGAAUGAGUGCCAGUUGGUUCCUGGAUCGUGUCAUCGUGACAGACAUGUCCAGGCCUCACCUCAGAUACUUCUUCGCCUGUAACAGCUGGCUUAGCAGGGAGGAGGGCGACGGGCUCACGGUCAGAUACCUGCUGGGCAGCCUCAACCCCAUGGACAUCCCUAAACAAAAUAAGUACAUAGCCAGUGUUUUCACAAUGGAUGCCAAAGGCAGUGGAACGGAUGCAGAUGUUUACUUGACCAUCUUCGGAGAGCACGGAGAUACCGGGGAGAGGAAGCUUGUGAGUGAGGGGAAAGAUAAUUUUGAGAGGGGGAAUGAGGACAAGUUCACCAUCGAGGCCCCAAACCUGGGACGACUUAGAAAAAUCACCAUCGGACACAACAAUAAGGGCUCCUCCGCUGGGUGGGGCUGCGAUAAGGUGGUAAUAGAUGACAUGGGGAAUAAGGAGGUGUAUGAGUUUCCUGUUAAUGCCUGGUUUGACAUCUCAGAAGGUGAUGGCAAAAUACAGAGGGAUGUAGUAGUUGGAGCCACACAACCGAUGGCGAUCGUGUACAACGUCCAGGUGAUGACGGGCGAUAUUCGGGGUGCAGGCACUAACUCAAAGAUCCACCUGGUGAUGCACGGCUACAAAGGCAUCAAAAACAGCGGGAAGAUAUUUCUGGAAGGUGGGACGUUUGAGCGCGCUCAGAUCGACAUCUUUAACGUGGAGAUCCUCUCUCUGCUGAGCCCCCUGAGCAGAGUCACCAUCGGGCACGACAACGCUGGCAUCAGCUGUGGCUGGUACUGUGAGAAGGUGACAGUGUACUGUCCGUUUACGGGGAUUGAGCAGGUGUUCCCGUGUGGCCGCUGGUUGGAUGAAGAUGAAGGAGAUGGUUUAGUGGAGAGGGAGCUGUAUGAGAUGGUCUCACUGCGCCAGCGCAAACAGAAGAAGUUACCGUGGUCUCUGUGGAUCUGGACGUCUGAUAUCAAAGGGGCGGGUACGGACGCCCAGGUGUUCCUGCAGGUGUACGGAGAGAAAGGCAAGAGUGACGAGUUGAAGCUGGAGAGCAAAUCAGACAGCUUCGAGCAGGCCCAGUGCGACAAGUUCAUGAUUGAAAUGUCUGAUAUUGGGAAGAUAAGGAAGUUGAGGAUCUGGCAUGAGAAAAGAAAUCCCUUCUCUGGCUGGCAUCUGGGCAGGGUCACAUUAAUGAAGACCUUGAACAGGGAGAAGUAUAACUUUGCUUGCAAUCGCUGGCUGGACAUCAACGAGGAUGACAAUGAAAUCAUCAGAGAACUGCCAGCUACUGGCGUCCAUGUGCCAGAGCCACUGCCACUGCUGAAGUAUCGAGUGACGGUCUGCACGGGGAAUGUCAGUGGCAGUGGGACAGACGCCAGCGUGUAUUUAAACAUAAUCGGGGACCUGGGGGACACAGGAGAGAGGCUCCUGUUCAUGAGCAAGAACAAUGUCAACAAGUUCGAAAAAGGCAACGCAGAUGAGUUCCUGAUAGAAGCCGUAAGUCUGGGUACGAUCAGGAGGGUUCGGAUUGGUCAUGACGGGCGGGGCGGAGGCUGUGGUUGGUUCCUGGAUAAGGUGAUGGUCAGAGAGGAAGGUCAGCCUGAGGCAUCCUCUGUGGAGUUCCCAUGUUACAGGUGGUUGGAUCGGAAUGAAGAUGAUGGUCAGAUUGUGAGAGAAUUGGUGGCCACUGCAGAUGGCCAGCGCUUGUUUAAUGUUAGUUAUCACAUCGCGAUAAAGACGGGCAGCAUUAACGGGGCGAGCUCAGAUUCGAAGGUGUUUGUGAAGCUGUAUGGGGAGAAAGGAGACACCGAUAAGAGGCUGCUGGUCGUCUCUGAUAACGACCUGGGCAACUAUUUUGAAACUGCACAGACCGACAUCUUCACCAUGGAAACGUUUGACAUCGGCAAGGUAAACCGCCUGCUGAUUGGCCACACUAACGAGGGCCUGCAUGCUGGCUGGUUCCUGGACAGCGUGCAGAUCUGGGUUCCAGUGCAUGGGGUGCAGUACAUGUUCCCCAGCCACCGCUGGCUCUGCAAAGACGAAGCUGACGGCAAAGUGGAGAUCGAGAUUUACCCCAGCGAGACACUCGAGAUAGAGAAAUUGAUUAACUACGAGGUGACGGCCGUGACGGGUGAUGUGUUUGCGGGAGGAACCAACGCUAAUGUCUUCCUGCAGAUCUAUGGCGAAGAGGGCAAGACUGAGGUCAUUCAGCUGAAGAGCCGCUCCAACAACUUCGAGAGGGGAACCACCGAGAUCUUUCGGAUUGAGGCUUUGGAUGUGGGGCGGGUCUAUAAGAUCCGGAUUGGCCAUGAUGGAUCAGGCAUGGGCGCCGGCUGGUUCCUGGAGACCAUAUACGUGAAACGACUCGUCAUGGCAAUGGUGAAACCAGAGAAAAAAGAGGAGGAUAAGAAGGACAAGAAAAAGAAAAAGAAGAAGAAGGAGGAAGAGGAUGAGCCGGGGGAGCUGAAGGAGGUGGUCAGAACAUAUCACUGUCCAUGUAACCGCUGGCUUGCCCGGGAUGAGGAGGAUGGAGAGAUUGUAGUGGAGCUGAAGGCUGAAGAUUAUGAAGACCUGGAGGAGAACACAUAUGAAGUUCAUGUGUUUACGGGCACUAUGUGGGGUGCCGGUACAGACGCAGGCGUCUACAUCAACAUCUACGGGGAGAUGGGGGACACAGGAGAGAGAAAACUCCGCAAGUCCAACCACCUCAACAAGUUUGAACGUGGACAGGAGGAUGUCUUCUCCAUCACAGCGAUGGAUCUGGGGCUGCUGAAGAAGCUGAGGAUUCGGCAUGACAACAAACAAGCCAAUGCAGCGUGGUUCCUGGACCGGGUGGAGAUCGUGGACUCCAAAGAUGAAACAACGUAUUUUUUCCCCUGCCAGCGAUGGCUAGCGGUUGAUGAAGAUGACGGCCAGCUGGCGCGAGAGCUAGUUCCAGUGGACGAAGCUUUCAUGAAGAGAGAGGAGGAGGAUGAGGAUGGUGAAGUAUCUUCAUCUCCAGCACAGCUCGGACUCGAGCAGAAAGCUAUGUCCACCACGUACACUCUGAGAAUCAAGACCGGGGAGAAGAAGUACGCUGGAACUGAUGCCAAUGUUUAUGCUGUUUUAUAUGGGACGAACGAUGAUACAGGUAUUAUUAAUCUGAAGGCCUCUAAGAACCAUAAGAAUAAGUUUGAGUUGGGGAUGAUCGAUGAAUUCACGAUAGAGGCUGUGGACCUCGGAAGACUCAAAAGAAUCCGCAUCGGACACGACAACGCCGGUGGUUCUCCAGGCUGGUUUCUGGACUGGGUAGUGAUCGAUGCUCCAUCUCUGGGGCAGCGUCUGCACUUCCCAUGUGGCCGCUGGCUGGACAAAGGAGAGGACGAUGGAGCCAUUGUUAGAGACCUGUACCCUAACGAGCUGCAGACAGAGCUAUACACACCCUAUGUUCCAUAUGAGAUUAAGAUCUUCACCAGUGAUAUCUUUGCGGCGGGGACGGACGCUGAUGUUUUUAUUGUCCUCUACGGCCAGAACGGGGUGUGUACAUCUCAGAAAUCUCUCUGUGUCAACAAGAGAGAAAGACGCAUGUACUUUGAGCGCGGAGCGGAGGAUAUGUUCAUUGUAGAGCUGGAAGAUAUAGGUGACAUAAUCGAAAAGAUCCGGAUUGGUCAUGAUAACCGUGGUGUGAACGGGGGUUGGCACCUCGACAGGGUGGAGAUCAGGAGACUGCUGAGAAAAGGAAAGGGUUCAGAGACCGCCAUAUUUCCAUGUGAUCGUUGGUUAGCGCGCUCAGAGGAUGAUGGGGAGACGAUUCGAGAACUGGUUCCCUCUGAUAUCAUCAUCGAGAAGCUGUCCAGAGACGGAACCCUCAAAGUCAUCGAGACCGAAGUGGACGACGCACUGGAGACCCAUACAUACUCUGUUGCUGUAACUACGGGCGACGUGUACGGGGCAGGCACUGAUGCAAAUGUCUUCAUCACCAUAUACGGAGACAUGGGGGACACAGGGGAGCGCAAACUCAGCAAGUCCGAGAACAACAGGAACAAGUUCGAGAGAGGAGCGGUGGACACGUUCAGCAUUGAAGCGGUGGACCUGGGUCAGGUGUUUAAGAUCCGCAUCCGCCAUGACAACAGCAUGCUGAGCGCAGACUGGUACCUGGACCAGGUGGAGAUCAUUGACACGGAUACGGAUGAGGUGUUUCUCUUCCAGUGUGAGCGCUGGCUCUCCCGCAAGAGAGAAGACAAGCGCAUCGACAGAGUCUUCUACGUCAAGGGUUUUGAGGGAGAAAGAGAAACUGCGUUCUGUCCUAUAAAGAAAGUGACAAACCUGGACAGCAACAUGAACAAGAAGAAUAAGAAAAAAGAUGCAGAGGAGGAAGAAGAAGAGGGUUCAGUUAUUCCAUAUCACCUGUCGCUGGUGACGGGUUCAGACCGGGACGCAGGGACCUGUAGUCGUGCUUAUGUCAUCAUUAAGGGAACUAAACAGAAGGAGACAGAGCGUCUGUGGCUAGACCUGGAAGGGAAGAGUGGCUUCCUGCCUGGAGCGCUGGAUUACUUCACCUGCUAUGGGACAGAUGUUGGGGAGAUCAAAAACAUGGAGCUGGGUCAUGAUGGCGCUACCCCUGAAAGCUGCUGGUUGGUGGAGGAAAUCUCAGUUGCCGUGCCAACCAAAGGCAUGAUGUACGUGUUCCCAUGCAAGUGCUGGCUGGCCAAAGACAGGGGGGAUGGACUCACCGCCCGAAUCUUCAACGUGUUGGAUGCAGAGGUUGUUAGCAUAUCACGCAAGGUGAUUUACGAGGUAACCGUGGUAACAGGGGAUGUCCAGGAUGCCGGAACAGACUCUCAGAUCUACAUCACAGUGUUUGGAACCUACGGCACAUCAGAAGAGAUCCUACUGCCUAAAUUAGAGGACAGGUUUGAGCGAGGGCAGAUUGACACUUUCAAUGUGGAAAUAGAGGACAUCGCUCCACUCAGGAAAAUGAGAGUCCGCAUUGACGGCACUGGAAGUAGACCUGACUGGUUCCUGGAUAAGAUUAUUCUGCAUAACCUGGAAACGGAUGAUGAGGCCGCGUUCACGUAUGAGGAGUGGCUGUCCCGGACGUACGGAUCCAAGCACACACUCGUGUGUGAGAUGCCUGCAGUAAUCGAUGAAGAAGAAAUGGUGGAACUCACCAUUUACACCAUCUCAGUCAAAACCAGUGAUGCUGCAGGGGCGGGAACAGAUGCUAACGUGUGGAUGAUUAUUUUCGGAGAGAACGGAGACACUGGAACUCUUGCUCUGAAAGAGAGCAGCAACACCAACAAGUUUGAGCGCAAGCAGACUGACACGUUCCGCUUCGCGGAUAUUCUCAGCCUCGGAGAGCUCUCCAAAAUACGGGUGUGGCAUGACAACACAGGUCCUGCUCCCGGAUGGCAUCUGGAGUACGUGGAUGUGCAUGAUGACAUCAUGGGGAAGAAGUUCAGGUUCCAGUGUGACCGCUGGCUGGCCAAGAACGAGGACGACGGCCAGAUCAUGAGGGAGGUUGCCUGUGCCAACAAUGACGUGCUGGACUUUGAUGAGAAAACCAAGUACGAGGUGAUCACGACGACUGCGGACACGGACGAUGCAGAGACCAAAGAGAACGCCUGGAUCAUUCUGGAGGGAAAGAAAGGAAGGUCCAAAGAGUUGGUGAUGGAGAACUCCACCAAGAAGAAACGAUUCCUACGUGGUGCCAGAGACAGGUUUGAGUUUUCCUCUAAGAACCUGGGAGACAUUGCCAGCAUCUGCCUGGGCCACAGCCCCAAAGAUGGCAAGAAGAACAAGACGGAAGCCUUCUGGAGAGUGGAAGAGGUCGUCGUCACGGAGAGGGAGCUUGGCAACAAAUACAUCUUCCAGUGCAACUCCCUCAUCCCUCUCUCCUCCAAACGAGACGACUUCCAGACCUUCGAAUGCACCAAGUUCAUUGAGAGUUUCGCCAGUAAGGCGCGUAGCCUGGUGCCCGUCAAGUACGAAAUCAUCGUCAUCACGGGUGACGAGAAGGGCGCAGGGACGGACGCCAACGUCUUCAUCACUAUCUUCGGCUCCAAUGGCGACUCGGGCCGCCGCCAGCUUCGCCAGAAGUUUCGCAACCUGUUCGAGCGCGGUCGGACAGACCGCUUCAUUCUAGAGCUGCUGGACUUGGGGGACCUGUUCCGGAUCUGUGUGGAGCACGACAGCUCUGGAAUCAGCCCCGGCUGGCUGUUGAGCCGAAUCGAGGUGACCAACACGGCCAAUGGAGUGACCACCAUCUUCCGGUGUGGAAAGUGGCUGGAUAUGAACAGAGCAGAUGGGAGGACCAAGAGGGUCAUUUACCCCAAAUACUGAAGAACAAACUCUUCAAGAAGUGACAACACAAACAAUUUUCAUAUUAUCAGGGUUCUCAGCACUCUCAAAACAUGGGUGUUAAAAACAGCACAUCAGCUAGAUUUACUGCGCAAAAGCGCUCAGCUGAUUUAUCAACAUGUGCA